AUGGUUCACCUCGCAACCGUUGCCACGCCCCCCGACUCGGGCUCCGAGGACUCCUCCAACGCCAGCCUUUCCAAGGUUAUGAAGACGCUCAAGAACGUCCAACUGCAACUUGCCGACCAUGAUGACUGCUAUACUACUAGCGUCUACGGCUCUCGCUUCGCCAACCAGGAUCUCCCCAAGAGGGAGAUGCCUGAGAACGAGAUGCCCAAGGAAGUCGCCUACCGUAUGAUCAAGGACGAGCUAAGUCUUGACGGCAACCCUAUGCUCAACCUUGCCUCCUUUGUGACAACCUAUAUGGAAGAGGAAGCUGAGAAGCUCAUGGCCGAGUCCUUCUCCAAGAACUUUAUUGACUAUGAGGAGUACCCCCAGUCGGCUGACAUCCAGAACCGCUGUGUUAGCAUGAUUGGCAAGCUCUUCCAUGCCCCCGUUGGCGCCGGUGAAGGUGUGGGCGCCGUCGGCACCUCCUGCGUUGGCAGCUCCGAGGCUAUCAUGCUCGCUGUACUUGCCAUGAAGAAGCGCUGGAAGAACAAGCGUCAGGCCGAGGGCAAGAGCACGGACCGCCCCAACAUCGUCAUGUCCAGUGCUGUUCAGGUCUGCUGGGAGAAGGCUGCCCGCUAUUUUGAAGUGGAGGAGAAGCUCGUAUACUGCACGCACGACCGCUACGUCAUUGACCCCGAAGAGACGGUCAGUCUCAUCGACGAGAACACCAUCGGCAUCUGUGCCAUCUUGGGCACCACUUACACGGGUGAGUAUGAGGACGUCAAGGCUGUUAACGAUCUGCUUGUGGAGAGGAAUAUCGAUGUUCCCAUUCAUGUCGAUGCUGCCAGUGGAGGAUUCGUCGCCCCUUUUGUCGUCCCGGAUCUGGAGUGGGAUUUCCGUCUGGAGAGAGUUGUCUCCAUCAACGUCUCUGGCCAUAAGUACGGCCUCGUGUACCCUGGUGUUGGCUGGGUUGUCUGGCGCUCGGCUGAAUACCUCCCCCAAGAACUCGUUUUCAACAUCAACUACCUUGGCGCCGACCAGGCAUCCUUCACCCUCAACUUCUCCAAGGGAGCUUCUCAAGUUAUUGGCCAGUACUACCAGCUCAUCCGCCUGGGAAAGAAGGGCUACCGCGCCAUCAUGUCCAACCUGACCCGCACCGCCGACUACUUGAGCCAGUCUCUCGAGUUUCUUGGCUUUAUCAUCAUGUCCAAGCGCUCCGGCGAAGGCCUCCCUCUCGUCGCCUUCCGCCUCCCAGAAAACGAGGAACGUAACUACGACGAGUUUGCCCUGGCCCACCAGCUCCGCGUCCGCGGCUGGGUAGUCCCAGCCUACACCAUGGCGCCCAAGACUAACGACCUCAAAAUGCUACGGGUUGUUGUUCGCGAGGACUUUAGCAAAUCCCGCUGCGACAGCCUCAUCACCGACAUCAAGCUCUGCAUGGGCUUGUUGGAACAAAUGGACCAAGAAAGCAUCAAGCGGCAGCAAGACUUUAUCCACAAGCACCACCUCGCCAGCACCAAGGCGUCCCAUAACCACCCAAAGUUCAGAAAGGAAAAACAUUCACUGCAGGGUAAAACUGGCAAAACGCAUGCCAUCUGCUAA